AACUGAAAAUGUCUCAGAAUCCUGAGAAGCCACAUUCAAGUGAAGAAAAGUUGAGUGGUUUGGAGGAUGGUCAAGAGGAGAGCUUGGAUCAGUCUAUCAGAAAAAGAAUACGCCAGAGUGCUCCAGGGUUGCACAGAGAUGAUACACCAAAGUCUAGUCCUCCUCGGCCUGUGUCAAUAGAAGAGCUCAUGGAAACAGCUAAGGGAGUAACCAACAUGGCAUUAGCACAUGAAAUUGUUGUUAAUGGAGACUUCCAGAUAAAACCAGCUGAAUUACCAGAACACAGCUUAGAAAAAAAAGUAAGAGAUAUUGUGCAUAAAGCUUUCUGGGAUUGUCUGGAAGCUCAGUUAAAGGAAGAUCCACCGACAUAUGACCAUGCAAUUAAACUAUUGGGAGAAAUUAAAGAGAAUCUCCUGUCUUUCUUGUUGCCUGGUCAUACUAGACUGAGAAGCCAGAUUACGGAAGUUCUUGAUCUGGACUUGAUAAAACAGGAGGCAGAGAAUGGGGCCCUUGACAUUUCAAAGUUGGUUGAAUUUGUUAUUGGGAUGAUGGGGACUCUCUGUGCUCCAGCUCGAGAUGAAGAAAUUAAGAAACUGAAAGAUAUUAAUGAAAUUGUUCCUCUGUUCAGAGCAAUUUUCUCUGUGUUAGACCUAAUGAAAAUGGAUAUGGCAAACUUCGCUGUCAGUAGUAUUAGGCCAAAAUUAAUGCAGCAGUCUGCUGAAUAUGAAAGAAAGAAGUUUCAGGAGUUUCUUGAGAAACAGCCAAAUUCUUUAGACCUUGUGACAAGGUGGUUGCAAGAAGCAGCAGAUGAUCUUGCAAAGCUGAGAUGUAAAAUGUUGCUUCCCGACUGUAGUGGUGAUGGUGCCACUGGUGGGGCUUCCGCCUUGUGCUCCACUGCUGUACAAAAUCGGGCCUAUCUGAAGCUCCUAAAGUGGGAUCAUGUAAACAGGCCUUUUCCAGAAACGGUGCUAAUGGACCAGACCCGCUUUCAGGAAAUACAGCUGGAGCUGGAGCAGCUCCUUUUGAUGGGGACUGUCCUUCUGGUCACGUUCAGUGCAGCAGGCUCAGCACUCGUUGAUAUACCCGGCUUUGCUGAGAAAAUCAAAACCAUUGUCAAGGUGCUGCUGACAGGAAUGCAUCUUCCCUCCUUUAACCUGCAGGAAUCUUUGGCUGCUGUCGGCGAAAAGGUGUGUGCUGAAGUUAACAGCUGCCUUUCCCAGCAUGGGUUUAUGCCGUUCUCAGCGGAGAGAGAGACUGGACUUAAAGGACAAAUCCAAGCAGCGGCCAAUCCGGAUAACACCAUAUGCAAGCUAAUAGAUUCUCGAAUUGAAAAGUUUCUGGAGAAUUAUCUUGCAUCUAGUCACCAGAAAUCAUUGCCUGCUAUUCCUGGAGGAUUAGGCCCUAUUCAAAGAGAGCUGGAAGAGAUUGCUGUCAAGUAUGUUCGUCUUGUCAACUACAACAAGAUGGUCUUCAGCCCUUACUAUGAUGCAAUCCUUGGCAAAAUCCUGACCAAGGAAGAAUCCCAACUUGUAGGGAAGUCAGAAGAAUCGUAA